GGAGGUGGAAAGUGAUCAUGCCUGUUUUAGGUAUCAAUCUGUGGUUGGCUGAAUUUUGCAGUGGUUUGAUAUCAAGUGAUCCUCAAUAUUAAUCAGUGCAUUGCAGAAAUUGAAGCCAUGUUGAGAAUUAGAAGUGCCAUGAUAACAUAACCUUUGGCCUUGUAUGGUCCAUUAAAUAUAUGCAAUCCAUCUGUCUGACAAAAUAGCAGAUUUUUUGGGAAAUAAAUGGGCUGCAUUUGCUCAAAAGAAUCUGCAGAUGAACCCAUACACGAGAAAGAAAAACAGCCAGAGGUAAGCAAGUCCUCAGUUCAGUUGGUUGCUCCCUCAGCCAGAGAGGAGGUUAUUGUAGGAGUAGCUAAUCCAAAAAAUGAAGACUCUGUUACUUUAAAACAACAUUUGUCAUCUCCGCCAGCAGAAGAAGCGAAGGGAUCUGUUCAGCCAGGAAGACUUGAGGACGAUGGAAAGAGUAGAAUCAUUGAGAGGCCAAAGGCUGGCCAUCAUCAGAGGCGUUUUUCAACCGAUAUGGGGAUGCCUCAAUUGCAGCAACCAAUGUCGAGGCUUUUAAGUGUGCCACACGGUGCAAGAGGUGAACAGGCUGCGGCUGGAUGGCCAUCAUGGCUGACUUCUGUUGCUGGGGAUGCCAUUCAAGGGUGGGUUCCAAGAAGUGCAGAAACUUUUGAAAAGUUAGACAAAAUUGGCCAAGGGACAUAUAGUAGUGUAUACAAAGCUCGCGACCUUACAAACAAUAAAAUUGUGGCAAUGAAGAAAGUAAGGUUUGUUAACUUGGAUCCAGAAAGUGUUCGUUUCAUGGCAAGGGAAAUAUGCAUUUUGCGGAGACUUGACCAUCCAAAUGUCAUGAAGCUUGAAGCUCUGGUUACAUCCAGGAUAUCUGGAAACCUAUACCUUGUAUUUGAGUACAUGGAUCAUGACCUUUCUGGGCUCGCAACAGCACCAGGGGUCAAAUUUACUGAAGCACAGAUAAAGUGCUACAUGCAGCAACUGCUUCAUGGACUUGAACACUGCCACAGUCGGGGGGUCCUUCAUCGUGACAUUAAGGGUUCGAAUCUAUUAGUUGACGAUAAUGGGGUGCUAAAAAUUGGAGACUUUGGUCUGGCUACAUUUUUUCAACCCAACCAAAAGGAGCCAUUAACUAGUCGUGUUGUAACUCUUUGGUACAGAGCCCCUGAACUUCUGCUUGGUGCAACCGACUAUGGCAUAGCAAUAGAUAUGUGGAGCAUUGGCUGCAUCCUUGCUGAGCUCUAUGCUGGAAAACCAAUUAUGCCUGGGAGAACAGAGGUUGAGCAAAUGCAUAAAAUCUUCAAGCUAUGCGGUUCACCUUCUGAGGAAUAUUGGAGAAAGUCAAAGUUGCCUCAUGCUACUAGCUUUAAGCCCCAGCAUCCAUACAGGCGCUGUGUGGCUGAUACAUUCAAGGACUUUCCUCCACCAGCUUUGGCUCUUGUAGAAACACUCCUGUCUAUCGAACCAGAGAAGCGGGGUACUGCUAAAUAUGCACUGAAUAGUGAGUUCUUCACGAAGAAGCCUCUCCCUUGUGAUCCAUCUAGUUUACCAAAAUAUCCUCCAAGCAAGGAAUUUGAUGCUAAACUUCGAGAUGAGGAAGAAAGAAGGCGAAAAGCUGAGAGCAUAAAAGGACAUGGAGAUGUAUCUGCAAGGAAGGUUUCAAGAGAACCGACUGCCGUAAACACACGAGAUUUUAGUACUCAGGGACAGGGACAUUCAAAUAAGUGCAUUAGUGUAAGAUUAAAUACAAUGGAGGAUAGUGGAGCUGGCUUUCCAAUUGAACCACCUAGGGGAAGUAAAAACGGAUUCUCUCACUCAACUUCAAUGAUUCAUCCAAAUGCAAUUGGUGCCUUCAAGAGUACAAAACAGGGGAAUGAAGGUGGUACAAUCUCAGGUAGUACAUUUAGCCAUUCACAGCAUGACAGAUCGAUAAAAAAACAGGGUUCUCAGAAGUCUCAAGUUGUAUCGGGCUUAACAAGCAAUGAUAUACUGUUGAGACAGGCAACACUGAAUUCUGGAUCACAAAGAACCAGGAUCCACUGCUCUGGGCCAUUGGUGCCUCCGGGAGGAAACAUGGAGGACAUGCUGAAAGAGCAUGAGAGACAAAUCCGAGAGGCAGUUAGGAAAGCACGGCUUGAGAAGGAAAGGACCAAGAAGAACUUAUAUGCUCACGAGCAGUCGUUUCACCAAGGAAAUUUUGGAUAUAGAUAGCACUAAAAAUUUCUGGCCUUGUUGGACAAAGGUACAAGCUGGCUAAGUUUGGCUGUUCAAACAUUCUCAAGGGGACCGAGAAAGGCAGAAACACAUGAUUUGUCAUGCUCAAGAGAAGAAGCUCUUCUGGUUUUAUUCACAGUAGGUGCUUGACAUUCCUUCUGGGGAAUUGGGGGAAACGUUGCAAAUUAGAUGUAAUUGUACCUCGUGGGUUGGGGACUUUUCCUACUUGUAUAGUUGGAAGAGGUGGUUCGGUUCAUGUUCAUAACAGAUGCCAUUUCAUACCAUGUACAUUCCUUUUGCGUAGUAGCUAGCAAACUGUAAUAGUGGGAACAAAAAGAGAGAAACGAAAAUUAGCUGUCUGGAGCAUCUAAAUUCUAAAACCACCCCUCCAAAACAAUAUUUAAGAACAAAGGAAAGAGUACAUGCCUUGUAAAUUUA